CAAUACGGUAGAUGGCGUUGAUUAGAACUCAAUAUGUGUUUGGUUUUUUACAUCCAACUUUCGCCUCGUGAUUAUCAUUCUUUCAAUCUUUCAACUCUCAUUUAUUAAAUUUGUUAAUUGUUGUUCUUUUUUUUCUUUUACACUUGACUUUCGUGACUCUCAAAAUGAAUUCAAUUGACGACGAUGGUACAUUCCUGUUCACCUCUGAAUCUGUCGGAGAAGGACAUCCAGAUAAGCUUUGUGAUCAGGUCAGUGAUGCUGUUCUGGAUGCCCACCUUGCACUUGAUCCUUAUGCUAAGGUUGCCUGUGAAGCUAUAAGUAAAACCGGCUUGGUUAUGGUCUUUGGAGAAAUCACAUCCUCUGCCCAUGUUGACUAUCAAGAAGUUGUCCGCCAAACAGUUAAACACAUUGGAUUUGAUCACAGUGACAAAGGUUUUGAUUAUAAAACUUGUAAUGUUUUAGUAGCCAUUGAACACCAAGCUCAGGAAAUUUCUCAAGGAGUUUGGACUGAUAAAGACGAUGAACACUUGGGAGCUGGAGAUCAAGGGUUAAUGUUUGGUUAUGCUACCGACGAAACUGAAGAGUGUAUGCCUUUGACUGUCGUUCUUUCACAUAAAUUGAAUGAAAAAUUGUCUCAAUUACGACGUGAUGGAACCUUUCCAUGGGCUCGACCUGAUUCCAAAACCCAAGUCACCUGUGAAUAUCGAUUUGAUAAAGGAGCUGCUAUUCCUUCCAGAGUGCACACUGUUGUAAUCUCUGUACAACAUUCUCCUGAAAUAACUAUACCUCAGCUUAAAGAACAAGUUAUGGAAAAAGUUAUUAAAGUAGUUAUUCCUGCAAAAUAUUUGGACGAUCAAACAAUUUACCAUAUUAACCCGUGUGGGAAAUUCAUUACUGGUGGUCCUCUUGCUGAUGCUGGUCUUACUGGACGUAAAAUCAUUGUUGAUACUUAUGGAGGAUGGGGUGCUCAUGGUGGCGGAGCCUUUUCCGGCAAAGACGCCACAAAAGUUGACAGAUCAGGUGCCUAUGCUGCUCGAUGGGUCGCUAAAUCAUUAGUUAAGAGUGGGCUUUGUCGAAGAGUUAGUGUUCAGAUCUCAUAUGCCAUUGGAAUUUCUGAACCAUUGUCAGUCACGAUUUUUUCCUAUGGUACUUCAACAAAAUCAUCGAAGGAGUUACACGACAUAGUUUUGAAAAACUUUGAUCUUAGACCAGGAAUAAUCAUCAAGGAAUUGGGUCUUCGACAACCAAUUUUUUCAAAGACCGCCGUUUUUGGUCACUUUGGACGAGAUGAAUUCCCAUGGGAGAAACCAAAAAAGCUAGUUUUUUGAAAAUCAUGUGGCAUUUAUACCUUAUCAAUUUACCAUUUUCGAUCGUGAUUUUUUAUUUGCCAAUGCAUAAAUCAUGUUGCAUCCUGAAACCAGGAGAAUUAAAAUCAAACUGAAACUUGUGUUAGAAUACAA